AUGGCUGAACCUAUAAAAGAUUUAGCCAAACUAUUUUAUGGAAUUACAGCUUUGCAUUUAAGAAGUGCUGCUUUUACGUUUGCAGAAGAAAACAAACUUGAACUCAAUUUUAAUAAGAAUCUUAAACUUGCGGGAAUAGAUUGGUUUUAUAAUUUUAUCAGAUGUAACCCAUCAAUAACCAUUAGAAAACCUGAAGCAACCAGUAUUAGUCGUAUAACAGCUUUUAACAAAACUGAAGUUUCACUUUCUUUUGAAAAUCUCGAGAUGCUAAUGGAAAAGUAUUCAUUUGUUCUUUCACACAUUUUUAAUAUGGACGAAACUGAAAUUUCCACCGUACAAGACCCGGGAAAAAUAAUAGCACCUAUAGGCCAAAAACGUGUAGGUUCUGUCACAAGCUGGGAAAGAGGUAAAAACGUAACUGUAAUUUGUUCCAUGGGUGCGUCAGGUACAUUAAUUCCACCUGUAUUUAUUUUCCCAAGAAAGAGAAUGUGUCAACAAUUACAAAUAAAUGGUCCUCCAGGUGCAGUAUAUCAGUGUACCAAAAACGGGUGGUCCAAUGAAGAUAUUUUCCUUCUUUGGUUACAGCACUUUGUUAAUCAUACAAAACCAUCAAUGGCAGAACCCAUUCUCCUCAUAUUAGACAACCACGGAAGCCAUAUUAAUUUGCCUGCUUAUGAUUCUUAUGCAAAACCUCUUGAUGUCACAUUUUUUGGACCACUUAAGCAGGUGUUUAAAAGAGAAUGUGAUUUAUUUAUGAAGUCAAAUUCACUUGUAAAAACAACCCUGUAUGAUUUGGCUGAACUGUUUAAUAAAGCAUAUUCAAUAGUAGCAACAGUACAAAAAGGUGUAUCUGGGUUUAGUUCGACAGGAAUAUGUCCAAUGAACCCAAAUGUUUUUACCGAAGAGGAUAUUUUCGCAGCCAGUACAUUUACAUUAUGGUUUAGUGCUACUGACUAUACCAACACCUUAUCUCCAGUUGUUAUUGAAAAUAAUCCUACUUCCGAAGAAACAUCAAAUUCUACAAAUAACAAUAUAAAUAACCCUGUGCCUUCCACAUCAACAUCGUCGGAAUUUCGUAUUGCUUUUAAAUCAAUUACGCCAAUCCCAAAAAAACCAUCUCAUCUCCAAAAGUGA